AUGCGGGUUCUAUUUUCCGUUUUAACAUUGGCAAUCGUAUCAGUAGUUAGUGGAACAUUUGUUUCCCAAAUUUUUUCUGAUAAAGAUAAAUUAAUUGCGAAGGCAACUUUUGAAGAACUAGGAAAAGCUAAACCCGAUGAUAUAUCUACCACAUAUUAUACAAUUGCUGGUCUUAAAUUACUUGGUCAUGAUGUUGAUGCUGUUAAAGGAAAAGCUAUUUGUGAAAAAGUCAAAGGAAUUUCAAUAAGUGAUGUUAAAACUUUAUAUUACGUUUCAAAGUUAGCAGCUUCUCUUCCAAAUUGUGCUUUAUCUACAAUUGGUAAUGCAAAUGAUCUUAUUGAUAAGGCAAUUACUGAUUCAAAGUUAAAUGUUAUCUCUGUCUAUCAUGCUUACUUUAGUGCAAAACAAUUAGCUAUAAAAAUUGAUCAAACAAAACUUAAGGCUGCUUUAACUACAUUAUUGAAAGGAGCAAAUUCACAGACACUUGUAUAUUUGUUUUCAAUUGCCUCUACAUUACCCAAAAAUGAGGCUCUUCUUUAUCAUGGGAAAAUUAAUGACUUGGUAGCUCAGGCUGAUGAAGUUGAUAAGAGAGUUUUACAAUAUGAAAGUGGCCUUUCUACUACAGCUUUUGUAGUUCAAUCAAUUUUUACAUUAUCCCAAAAUGUUGGAAAGAAUCCAGGUUUGAAAAAUGAUGCUGUAGUUAAGUUUACAAAUUAUCUUCUUGAUAGAAAAAAUGCUCAACAUGAAAGAAGUUUAUAUCUUCUUUUAUCUGCCUUACAAACAUUGUCAUCAAAUCCAUUUGAAGUACCAGUUGUAUUUAAGAUGCUUACACCAGUUGGACUUGAUGAAACGUCAAAAAUAAAAAUUAGUGUUAGUGAUGUAUUUGGAAAACCCAUUCCAGGAGUAACUGUUUCUUUAGAUUCAACUACUGGUUCCAAUGAUAAAGUUAUUUUGAUUAAAAAACCUCUUUCCUCAUCGAAUGGUGUUCAAUUUGAGGGAGUUUUGACAGACAUUUCUGAGGCAGGUUUUUACAAAGUUGCUAUUUCUGCAAUAACUAAAGAUUCUAAAUAUGUUGGAAAGGAUGGUGUUGAAUUUGAGGUUAAGAAAUAUACUCAAAUUAAGGUAGAUAACUUUAAAGUAAAUGUAUUUUCUUCAAAAGAAUCAGAUACAAAAGAUUUGACAUUAGUCAAAAGCGGUAGCAAAUUAGGUAAAGUUUUGUCUGCUGACUUAUCAAAAAAAAUUGUUGCUAGAUUUGCUGUUAAGGAUAUAAAUGGAAAUAACAUUGAUGUACAACAGACAUCUCUAUUGUUUGUUGAAUCAAAAUCUGGACAUGAAACUGUUAUAUCAGCUACAAAAACGAAAACAUCUGAGUAUGGUAUUGAUGGAAGUAUUAGAUUGUUAGUUAAUGAAUUUAAUGGAAUAUCAGGACUUUACAAGGUAUUCCUUAUUGUUGGUGAUGUUAAAGCUUCUAAUACUAUAAAAUGGCAUGUAUUUGAUAUUAAUAUAGAUGCUCCAAGUUUACCAUGGAAGCCUGAACACAAAUCAGAAGUUAUAAAUUAUAAUGUGUUAAAAACAUUUGAACAUGUUUUCCCAGAACCAGAAAAAAGACCAUCAACUAUUUAUUCUGAUUUAUUUACCAUUCUUACAAUUGCUCCAGCUUUUCUUCUUUUUAUUUUUUGGGGGAAAAUUGGAGUUAAUCUUUAUGACAUACCUGGAAAUAUUUGGUCCCUUCUUUUCCCGGUUUCACUUGCUUCAAUAAUGGGUCUUUAUGUUAUGUUCUGGCUUCAAUUAAAUAUGUUUGAAUGCCUUAAAUACCUCUUUUUCAUUGGUAUUUUUGCUGUUAUUACUGGAAAUAGACUUUUGAUAUCAUUUGUUAACAGACGUUCAAAGUCAUCUAACUAA